AGCGCGGCACCGCCCCCGUUAUGGCCGCUGUCCGCCGCCUAGGCUACUAAGUGGCUGCCAGGGUGCUGGUCUCGGCUCUCCCUCCCGGCUGCUCGGUCCGCCGGCCCGUGGCGCAUGGGUCGGCGAGGCGGGCCCCCAUGCGCUCGGGCCAUGGCGCGCCUGGGCGCUGUGCGCUCCCACUACUGCGCGCUUCUGCUGGCCGCAGCGCUGGCCGUCUGUGCCUUCUACUACCUCGGCUCGGGCCGGGAGACCUUCUCCAGCGCCACCAAGAGGCUGAAGGAGGCCCGCGCCGGGGCCCCUGCCGCGCCCACGCCGCCCGCGCCGGAGGUGGCGCGGGGCUCCGUGGCGCCGGCCCCGGGCGCCAAGGCCAAGAGCCUGGAGGGCGGCGUGGCCGGACCGGUGGACUAUCACCUGCUGAUGAUGUUCACCAAGGCGGAACACAAUGCCGCGCUGCAGGCCAAGGCCCGCGUCGCGCUCCGCUCCCUGCUGCGCCUCGCUAAGUUCGAGGCGCACGAGGUGCUUAACCUGCACUUCGUGAGCGAGGAGGCCAGCCGCGAGGUGGCCAAGGCCCUGCUUCGAGAGCUGCUGCCGCCCGCCGCCGGCUUCAAGUGCAAGGUUGUCUUCCAUGAUGUCGGCGUGCUGACGGACAAGCUCUUCCCGGUGGUGGAGGCCAUGCAGAAGCACUUCAGUGCUGGCUCAGGGACCUACUACAGCGACUCUAUCUUCUUCCUCUCGGUCGCCAUGCAUCAGAUUAUGCCCAAAGAGAUCCUGCGGAUAAUUCAGCUGGACCUAGACCUGAAGUACAAGACCAACAUCCGGGAAUUGUUUGAGGAGUUUGACAAUUUCCUGCCAGGCGCCGUCAUUGGCAUAGCAAGAGAGAUGCAGCCAGUAUACAGGCACACGUUCUGGCAGUUCCGCCAUGAGAACCCCAAGACCCGGGUUGGGAGCCCGCCCCCCGAGGGGCUCCCCGGCUUCAACAGCGGAGUGAUGCUGCUGAACCUGGAGGCCAUGCGCCAGUCCCCCCUCUACGGCCGCCUGCUGGAGCCCUCGCAGGUGCAGCAGCUGGCUGACAAGUACCACUUCCGCGGCCACCUCGGGGACCAGGACUUCUUCACCAUGAUCGGCAUGGAGCACCCCGAGCUCUUCCACGUGCUGGACUGCACCUGGAACCGGCAGCUUUGCACCUGGUGGAGGGACCACGGCUACAGUGACGUCUUUGAAGCCUACUUCCGGUGUGAGGGCCACGUCAAGAUCUACCAUGGGAACUGCAACACCCCUAUCCCGGAGGCCUAGGUACAUUCUCGUCCGCCAUGCCCUCGGAUCUCUGGAUCUCCUGGAAGCAAAGGGGCGCCUCUGUUACAGGCCCAGGGUGGCGUCUGACCCUCCGUGGGGAUGUCCUUUGUGAUGACAGCUGCAGCUGUCCCACCCCACAGGUUGUUGUCCUGAGGCCACCCGGUGAGGCCUGGACUACACAUUGCUGGUGCUUGGGCCUUUUCUCUCCAGGGUACCAGGCAUCGUGGAGGGCAAACACAUAGACAUCUUCCGUUGGGCUAGGAAGCGGGCAUUUAAAGAGAAGAAAGGAAAGAAAAUGGCGCUCUGUGCCCUUAGCCCCCAAAGAAUGGAAAUGCCUGGCCUUUUUUAGACCAAAUAUACAUUUAUUUUACAUUAACAAGCUUCCAUUUUGCAGGAAGGAACAAAACAGUACUGCUGUAGAUCCCAGGGAGCUCUGAACGAGUGAGCCGGGGUUUUAACAGCCAGCCCAGAGUUUAAGCAUCCAAAUCAACAUCAGCCUUCCACAUGUGCACCCUGGGAGGCUGUGUGCUUGUUCCCGCGAUGCCCACAUUACCUCGUAUAGGUUUAAAGGUCACCACCUCUGCGGGGAGAGAGCCUUUGUGGCCAGCAGUGGCCCCCAUGAGAAAACUGGGCUCAUUAUUUCAGCCUCCACAGCUUUUCUCUCCCAACUACAUCACAGAACCUCAUUAUCCCUUAUUCAUCCAAGCCGGCUUCAGGUGACCAGACUGUGCUCAGAAAUCAGAUCCGCCAUCAAAGAACAGAGCUUGGCCACCCCCAGGGACACGCAGUAGAGUUGUCUGGACGGGAAAGACUCAUUCCAAAGAGGAGCCCAGCAGUGUAUGUGCAUAAGCGUGUGGCCCGGAAGGGGUGCCGCUCAUAGGCUGAUAAGCAUUCAGUCUCUGUUUAAAAAAAUCAUCCUGUGACUUUCUUAUUGUACCAUAUCAGAUCCUGUACCUUAGAAAAAAUUAGGCUCUUCCCUGAAUGAGUUCCCUUGUAAGAUGCAGACAUGAAGCCCCUGGUGGUCCAUUUUGUCUCCUCUAGCAGAGGUCCUCGGGAUGGGGGAACUGCUGUUAGAUUUUCAUCUCCUUUUAUUUCAAUUUCAUUUACUUUUUUAUUUCUUUUCACCAUGAGUGAGAACAGCUAAUAAAUCAUUUGAGAACACAAUGAUUAUGCUGUUUGUUCUCUGAUCACAGCUUACUGCUACCUGAAGGUUCUGAAUCAAGAGUGUAAUCAGUGUCAUUCAGAGCUGCCGCCCCCCCCCCACUCCGCCCAAGUCCACAUGAUUAAGCUAAGCGUGCUCACUGUGGACUGCAGACCACGGACCACGGGGAAGCGUGUCUGAGGCGGGAGCAGGGAGGGUAACAGGGCUGUGUCACUCGAGAACCAUUGCAUUCUGGGUAUAGGCGGGCCCGUCUGCUCCCGGGAGCAAAGGCAGUCCCUUCCCUUCUCACCUUUCCUAGCCCAGACUGCCAGGUUACAUCAUCCCCUGACGAAGUGGAGCGUGUCCCUCUCCUGACUCUGCUCUGACAGAACUGGUCUGUUCUCUUAGGUACUCGACUUCCUAUUUAUAGCUACUAGUGAUUGAAUGCCUGCUGUGUGCAUCGUAUUGGGGGAUUUAUGUAUGCUCUUGAUAAUACUCAUGAAAACCUCAUGAAGGCAAUUCAAAUUCUAAAAUGUAUUGUAACAAAAUAGCAAGAGAUGUGGACAGAGAGUCAUUAUUUAUCACACUGAGUUUUUUUAAUAGAGAACAACCGGGAGCAACCCCCAGUGUUGACUAGGGGAGUGGAUAAAUAAUGUAUGCUAUAUCCAAGGAAUAAAAUAAUGUGGGCAUUAAAAUCAUAUCUUUAAAGAAUAUCUAAUGCCUUGGGAAAUGCUUACAAUGUACUGUUAAGAAUGCAAAAUAUAAGAUUAUAUGUACAGUGUGAUCCUCAUUUUAAUUGUAAGAUUACAUAUGUGUGUGUAUGUGUACAUGUAAAAAGAGAACCUGUUCUGCUAUACUUAAUUAAACCCCAUAUGUUUCAAACACCACAUAAAAAAAAUUAUUUCAAUGGGAAAAAGAGAAAAUGCUAAAGAAUUUUAGACGCAGAAUAACAAAGGUAUUUUUCCUACAUCAAUUUCAAUAAUUCACAUGUUUCUGGAGCCAUGAGAGUCUUCUGUUAUUGCAAAGAAAAAGUAAACUGGUUGAUCAAAAUGGGCAAAGGCCAAGUCAAAUCUCCUCAUUUACUUUUGAGCUCACCUACUCGGGAGCUCCCCCUUCCUCUGUCACCAGUGGCCUUGGUGAACAGCAAAAUAACACCCAGCGGGAAGUCCAGCCAGCCCAGCAGAGCCAACGGGCGUUCCUGUGCUGUACGAUGAGCCACUUUUGGGCAGAUCUUGGAGGGCCGGUUCAUCACCGGAAUCCUGUUACCAUCAUUGCAGUACAGACAUAACCAAUUGUGCUGUGGUUAAUUUGUGUGAUGAAAACUUUCACUGCAGACCAUAUGUAUGCCUAUAGGAAGGAGUAAAACAGAAGACUGAAAAGAACAUUUCUGGGAACUAGGAAGGAUUAAGGUGCUUUCUAUCUUCAUCUUUAUUUCUGUAUUUCUGAAUGUUAAUUACUUUUGCAAUAAACAAUAAAUGCUAUUAAAUUGUAGCCGCUGCCACAGGUAAUUACAGGUAAGUGUCGCCCUGGCUAUUCUACUCCUGGUUGGCCCUGGUUACCGUUGACCGUAAGAAAACAUAAUCUCGGCUAAGUAGGCUCUGGGUUUUCAACUUUCCCUAUGGAUGCCCUAGUUCUCUAAAUAAAAGUGACCUAAUAAUAGCA